UGUGUGCUUGUGUGUGACAGCUGGCUGCCCCAGUUCAAAACUUUACCAUCAAACUUGUCAUUGUUAACAGAUUUAGCUACUCACAGAGGUGAAGUGGGAUUACAGUGGGAUCGGACCUGAUGACGGACGAGGAGGAUGCCAGUUUUCUUAAAACUGAUUUGUCGUUCAUGGAGGACGGUUUGGGAAAUAAGUCAAGUUCAACAGAGGAUAUUACAUCACAAAAAGAUGACCGCUCCUACAAAGUCACAUGGACAGUUGACAUUGCCAUUGCUAUUCCAAAAGGGGACAGCACUGAUGUUCCCGCAGCUCCUGAAAAGGCUAAGAAAACAAACACAGACUCAUCUAUUGUUUGGGUGAAGGACCACAAAACUCAGCGCUGCUAUCAUGUUGAAUACAAGCUGUUGCCAGGUGAUACAGAGACAAUCAAAGUGGAUCUGCAAGUGUUUGGGCCAGUCGCAAAAAUGUGCAAAGAUGAUGAGUUCAAGAUCCUGAGGACAUGGCAUGAAGGAGAGCAGACCUGGGUUGGUUGGACCCACAGUGUCAACGUCAGAUUCAACAGGGACAUGUUGAUUGGUCUACUCAGCCAUAAGAUCGAGCUGCAGAUAUGGACCAGUAAGGACAAACUGUCCAGCCAGGCUCGUCAUGAGAGACUGAAAGCCUGUAGACUGUCACAAGAUCAGCCUGAGGAUGCAACGCACACAUGUGAUGACACCAAGUCCAUGGUGAACAAGCUGAGAGCCCUCUGUGAGAAGACGUCAAACACAUCUAUGAAACACAAAUUCAAUAUGUCAUUUAAGUCAAAUUCAGAUGUGGGCUCAGAAACUGAAAAGAACUUGGCAGCUUUUCAAAAACCCAAAACUGAUGCCUGUGACCUUGGGAACACAAAAGAGAACCACAUCAUGUCACUUGAAAUCAGUCCCAUGUGUUUUCUGGCAGGUGAGACCUCAGUGACUGAGUGUUUCCCAGUCUGCUCAUCAAGUCUAUUUGAGGUCAUGUGCAACGUCUCUCUGGACAGUCCUCUAGUAUCUGACCAACUGAAAUCUGACCUCAAUCCGCUGGUCAUCAUGAUUUUGUCAGCCUCGUCAAUGCCUUCUUCCCCGGUCCCCUUCCAUGUCUUACAGGAGAUGUGCAUGCCUGUCUAUUGCCAGUACAAGUUCCAUAACUUGAGCGUGCACAGAACAAACUAUCACGAGCACGCCAGUGACAUCUACUUCGGAGAUAUAAAUGUGAUCCUUACUGGCUUGAUGAGUCCUCAAGAGCUCCAACACUUUCUCGCCAGUCCACCUCUGCAGAUAGAAGUUCAUGAUCGUGACAGGAUGUUGGAGGAAAUGCCUGAAACACUUGCGAUGGGUACAGUGGGGUCAGAUGAAGACACGCAGAGCAAUGCAGCACUUUUACAACAUAAAACAAUGGGCUAUAACUCCUAUGGCAUCGCAAACCUAAACCUGUCUGAGAUGCUACUUGGUAAAAAGAGUCUAACAGUGAACUUACCAAUCCAAUGUGGCCCUCCGCCUCCGAAGCGGGACAGGGAGAGAAGUGCGUUGAAGAUCACGGAUGCAGCUGCUAUGCCACAGGCCCAUUACUAUGAUGCCAAUUCCCAACUCAAAGUCAGAGUUGAGGUAGCUUGCCCACUGAAUUGUAAGGAUAACGGCAGUGAAUCCUACGAUGGUUCGUUUGGUCGCAUCAUCUUCCUCUUUCAUCACAACAACGUCUCUGUUAUGACCAAGCUGAGAUCAGAGAUCCUCAGAAUCAAUGCAUUGGCCUUCAAUCUUCACUUCCUCUCACACAAAUACAUAGAGAGAGCUCUAUCAAAUAACAAAGGCCUAAUGAGUUUAAAGUGUAAUGAGAGCGAGGAUCUGGAUUUUGUUACAGGAUUCCAUGUGCGAGAUAAGAGGACACACAUCUUUGUUCUUGAAGGGCUGAAACACAAAGCAGUGAGGAGACUCUGGGAGGCUGUUCCGAUGAAGAUGAGAGGGAGUGAGGAGGAGCAGGUGAUCGUCCUCUACAACUCGGAUCUGGGUUUCUUUAAGCGCCUCUAUGACUCAUUAGAUGUGAGUCUGAGUCCCAUUUAUCUAUAUGAGUCACUACAGACCAUCAUUCAACAACCCCUGAUCUACAUUAGAGAUGUGGUACCCCAACGCUGCUUCCAGGCUUUGUCAAGGUUAAGCCAGUUGUGCAAAGCGAGGCAACUCAAAGAUGUGGUGCGGUACAAUCUCUUCCCCUCAGCUGACAUGAUUGUCAGCAUGAGUGAGGAAUGUGGCACAUCUGCUGAGCAGUGGGAGGAAAAGGCCAGAGCACACACUGAGAUGGACUUACCCACUCCGCCUCUCAGGAUGAAAAGACAUGCGCCUGUCAACACACACAACAGAGAAUAUAUCCGAUGGAAACACAACAGCCAGCAGAUGCCAUUCCAACCCUUCAGGGACUUCAUACAGGAAAAUAUUCAAAAGGUGCAAGACCAAAGUGAGAAGCUGCAGAAGCCAAAGCCUGCUGCAUUGAUGGUGGAUUGGGCUACAACCAGGCCAACACACAACUACAGCAUCCAGACGUUCAACUUACAUGAUCGAGGCAGGGAGCUGCUACACAAAGAGAUGGCUAAGGUACCCGGGCGGAGGUUCACCUACAGUCAAGAGUACCUCAGUGCUACAGUAGAGUCUGGAGACGUGACUCCUAAAAAUGACUUCAGGGCUGCUUCUGUCUCCACUGUUUGGGUCACAGGUUUUAUCAGUGGCAGGUCCAGAGUGCACCCAAGACACCCAGAUGAGGCUCGUGUGGAAGAGCUAAGAAAGCCGUGGAGAGAGAACAUCCUUCAUGCGAACACACUGAAGCCCACACUGUCACGGGACAUGUGGGUCUGUAGCAGACGCAGUGAGGACUUUCAGCUCUACAGCAAACCUCCCCCUUUCUUCAGCACAUCUCCUCUCACCAUUCACUUGGCUGGAGAGUCUCUGCAGCAGGAGCAGCUCGAAGCAGCCAGAGCUCGGUACAGGCGCUGGCUGAGGAAGCUGCUUCCUGGCAGCGGCACAGAGCGACCAGACAACGGCUCCAUCCCACAGUUCAAAUGCCACAUGAGAGGAAACUCGGAGACUCUUCAGAGUGUACUGAAAGACGAACCUAAGAAGUAUUCACUGAGGAAACCAGGCCUGAUGCUGAAGCCUUUGCCUGAACUGUCUGUGAUGAAUGUUGUCGACAACAGAGUGGAGAGACUGGCUCUGGCUCCAGGCCCCUGUAUUCACAGCAAGGACCUUCACAUGAGAUUGAAUGAGCAGCGUUCUUUCCUGUACAAGCGGACGGCCCUGCCUCUGACAGACAAGGAGAAGAGUUUCUUCACUUCUCAGAAGCGUACACCCAACAUGGAAACAUAUCAGCUGUCCAGAGACACCACAGAAUAAGGAUCUCACAAAGACUAAAAGGCUCACAAGGACUGUAUGUUCACAUUACCAGGCAGAAGUAACUUGAGUCCCAUUUUUUUUUCCAUUGAUGGGACAGUUUUUUUCUUUUUUUAAAUCAGGGCUGUAUGGAGAAAAUCAAAAAGUUGUGUUCAGAUGAAAGUUAGUUAUCUGUAUUAAAUCUGAACUGAACAAUAA